CGCUCCGCACCCUCCUCGCGGGUCUGCAGCUCCGUCACUGUCUCCGUCUCUGUCUCCGUCUGCGUCCCCGCGUCGCCGAGCCAUGGAGGGCUACCACAAGCCUGACCAGCAGAAGCUGCAGGCCCUGAAGGAUGCGGCCAACCGCCUGCGCAUCAGCUCCAUCCAGGCCACUACGGCGGCCGGCUCGGGCCACCCCACGUCGUGCUGCAGCGCUGCGGAGAUCAUGGCUGUCCUCUUUUUCCACACCAUGCGCUACAAGGCCCUGGAUCCCCGGAACCCUCACAGCGACCGGUUUGUGCUGUCCAAGGGUCAUGCGGCUCCCAUCCUGUACGCGGUCUGGGCUGAGGCCGGCUUCCUGCCCGAGGCGGAGCUGCUGAACCUGAGGAAGAUCACCUCCGACCUGGAUGGGCACCCUGUCCCGAAACAAGCUUUCACUGACGUGGCCACCGGCUCCCUGGGCCAGGGCCUUGGAGCUGCCUGUGGGAUGGCCUACACUGGGAAGUACUUCGACAAGGCCAGCUACCGCGUCUACUGCCUGUUGGGAGAUGGCGAGCUGUCCGAGGGCUCCGUGUGGGAGGCCAUGGCCUUCGCCAGCAUCAACAAGCUGGACAACCUCGUCGCCAUUCUUGACAUCAACCGCCUGGGCCAGAGUGACCCCACGCCGCUGCAGCACCAGAUGGACAUCUACCAGAAGCGCUGCGAGGCCUUCGGCUGGCAUACCGUCAUCGUGGAUGGACACAGCGUGGAGGAGCUGUGCAAGGCCUUUGGCCAGGUCAAGCACCAGCCUACAGCCAUCAUUGCCAAGACCUUCAAGGGUCGAGGGAUCUCAGGGGUAGAAGACAAGGAUUCUUGGCAUGGGAAGCCCCUUCCCAAGAACAUGGCUGAGCAGAUUGUCCAGGAAAUUCACAGCCAGAUCCAGAGCAAAAAGAAGAUCCUGGCAGCUCCCCCGCAGGAGGACGCCCCCGAGGUGGGCAUCACCAACAUCCGCAUGCCCACCCCACCCAGCUACAAAGUCGGGGACAAGAUCGCCACCCGCAAGGCCUACGGGCAGGCCCUGGCCAAGCUGGGCCACGCCAAUGACCGUGUCAUCGCCCUAGACGGGGACACCAAGAACUCAACCUUCUCUGAUCUCUUCAGAAAGGAACACCCAGACCGCUUCAUCGAGUGCUACAUCGCUGAACAGAACAUGGUGAGUGUCGCAGUGGGUUGUGCCACGCGCGACAGGACGGUGGCCUUCUGUAGCACUUUUGCGGCCUUCUUCACACGGGCCUUCGACCAGAUUCGCAUGGCGGCCAUCUCCGAGAGCAACGUCAACCUCUGCGGCUCCCACUGUGGCGUGUCCAUCGGGGAAGACGGGCCUUCUCAGAUGGCCCUGGAAGAUCUGGCCAUGUUUCGGUCAAUCCCCACGGCAACUGUGUUUUACCCAAGCGAUGGGGUGUCUAUGGAGAAGGCGGUGGAGUUAGCAGCCAAUACAAAGGGCAUCUGCUUCAUCCGGAGCAGCCGCCCAGAAAACGCCAUCAUCUAUAACAGCAACGAGGAUUUCCAGGUCGGACGAGGCCAGGUGGUCCUGAAGAGUAAGGACGACCAGGUGACCGUGAUCGGGGCUGGGGUCACCCUGCACGAGGCCUUGGCUGCUGCCGACUUGCUUAAGAAAGAGAGGAUCAACAUCCGCGUGGUGGACCCCUUCACCAUCAAGCCCCUGGACAGGAAGCUCAUUCUUGAGAGCAGCCGUGCUACCAAGGGCAGGAUCCUCACGGUGGAGGACCACUACUACGAAGGUGGCAUAGGUGAGGCCGUGUCCUCCGCUGUAGUGGGAGAGCCUGGUGUCACCGUCACCCGCCUGGCCGUCGACCAGGUGCCGAGAAGCGGGAAGCCGGCUGAGCUGCUGAAGAUGUUCGGCAUUGACAGGGACACCAUUGCGCAAGCUGUGAGGGGCCUCGUCGCCAAGGCCUAGGGUGCGGUGUGCAAUGGCGGCUCCACAUUCCCAAGAAUCGGCAAAGGUGCUGGAGAUGUACGGAGAGGAGCGGUAAAUACAUGUUUUGAGAAUAA